UUCUCUGGUAUUGUGCCUGAUUUGGAGUAUAUAUAGAUGGAGGAUUGGCGUGGUAAUGGUUGCUGGUGGUUUAGUUUCAUGUGGAUCCUCAUGGGUUCUCCUCAUCUGUGUUUUCUCAUCUCUUCUGUACUCCCCAUCUUCGUGUUCUGUCAACUAUGGCACCACAGCAAGGCCCUCAGCUAGUGGACAAUGGAGUUCUCGCGAUAGUUAUAUUUCCUCUUCUCAAAAGGGAUAUCAGAGCUAUGAUCAGAGACGGGAUGGGAGGUACGGGCCUCCUCCUCUUGGACCUCAGCUACCCGAACCUCUUGCGCAGAAAAUACAACCUGUUGGAUUUCAUUCCAGCAACGCUGCAGCAGAUCAGGCUUACUUGAACCGAUUGUCAGCCGACAGACCAUCUUGUGCGAGAAAGAGAGAUUAUUGCUUGCAUGAUCACGAUUAUCCUAUGGACAUGGUAAGAUCUGUGAUUCAGCGAUACAGAAGUGACAUUUAUCGAAUGUAUUCUGAAAUGCACCCCUUGCCCAUGGAAGCAAAUGGUGGCAACGCCAGCUACCGAUAUAAUUUUCCAAAUGACCGAGGUGCCUGGGCUUGCGAAACGGACAUUUUUACGAUGCGGAUUGGCUGGGCGAGAAACUGGGCGGGGCGUUGGAAAGUAGUUCUAAACACAGAUCAGUUUCCACAAGCUGUACGUCUGGAACAUUGCAAGUACGAAAACAGAUCUUGCCAAAUGAUGCCCCCAUGCGUCAGAUCUUCUUGUCUUCAGAGGUAUACAGCUGUUCAACUCCUCAGUGCCGAUCCACAAACGCCAGAUCUUUCCCCUACCGUGGACACGUUUCUGCUACCUGGAGGAUGUUCCUGUUACAUAGAAUUCCAUUAAAUCAAACACAAAUGAACUUUUUAAAAUUGUCUUCGAGAGACAACUUGUUGGUUCAAUUUGCCAAUUACCGGUGCAAUUCACAACGCUCUGGAGACUGCAUUGAGUUUUGCAGAUGCAAAGUCAAGAUACAUUGAAAUCGACUGAUUCAUCAACACAUCAACAAAGUUCCUCUGAUGCAGUUACGUAUUUUUAAAUAAUUCAUCUGAGCUUUCUUACAUACAGUUUAUGCACUUUAUAACUUUUCUGAGAAUGUCACUGCAGAAGUAAAACAGGUGGCAGACUUGAUAUUUAAAAUGUAAGUCUACCUAAGAACUGAUGUUCAAUAUAAAAUACCGAUAAAAGUUAAGUUCGGCAACGUUUUGCAACUGCAACUGAUUUGACAAUCAUUAUAUUUUUGUCACAUUCUAUUCAAGAAAAAACGUGGAUA